AUGCACUGCACUACUACGUAUUCGCUGUGCGUGUCGAAACGCACACUGUCCUUAUGGACGAUCCCAAAGCUCUUCCUCUCUGGGCAGAAGAUCAGCCUAUGGACGAUACCUAAAUAUCUGCUGACAGGCAAGCUGAACGGGUCUAAAAACAAGAAACAUCGGCACUGGCUUUUAGGCGCUUUUGGAGUAGCGACUUUUUUGAGCUCCCUCUUUGGGCCGGUGGUCUGGGUGGCGGUAGGUGGUACUGCCUCGAUUGUGUGUUGGCGAUUGUUUAGAAAGGCACAAAAAUGGUGGACCAGUUCCACGCAUAGCACCAUCACAGACACUUUGUUGUCUCAAAUAGGCACACAUUACGCUGUGGACCUUGUUCGAAAUGAAGUGGUUCAAAAAUUGCAAGAUUAUUUCGAAAAGACGGAAAAAGGACAGGCCAUGCUAGAACAGAUGUUCCCUACGGACAAUAACAGUCAUUCACUGAGUUGGGAAGAUGUGUCGCGGUCAGAAGUGGUUCGAUUGACGAACAAUAAGCACAUGCAUCGCGUUUCUGUCUGCUUUUCAGUGGUCAAGGAUGGCCGUGAGGGACAACAACACCCAUGCCAAGUGAUGGCCUCUGCUAUCAUCAGUGAUGAAGGCAAGAUGGAUCUAGAAGAAGUAAAGCUUAGCUCGCCUGAAUGGAAUGAGGAUGAGAUCAUUCCCUUGUCAUCAUUAAAAUAA